CCCACCCUAAGGUGUGUGAGAAGCUGAAGGCUCUGAUGGUGGAGUGGGCUGAAGGCUUCCAGAAGGAUCCACAGCUCAGCCUGAUCAGCGCCACCAUCAAGACUCUGAAGGAGGAGGGCAUCAGCUUCCCUUCCCCAUCAGGACAGGGGUCCAGCACAAAGGGCAGCACACCUGUUGCGAGCAAAGCCUUGGAUGAUGAGGACAACCUGGCCAAAGCCAUCGAGCUGUCCUUGCAGGAGCAGAAGCAGCAGGUGGAGACGCGACCCUUGGCCCUGACCUCUGACCCCCCGACCUACACCAAUGGGGGGCAGGAGGCCCGGAAGGUGCGAGCGCUGUACGACUUCGAAGCGGCUGAAGACAACGAGCUGACCUUCAAAACCGGGGAACUUAUUCUGGUUUUGGACGACAGCGAUCCAAACUGGUGGAAAGGAGAGAACCACAGAGGAGUCGGGCUCUUUCCUUCCAACUUCGUCACAACCAAUCUGAACGCAGAGCCGGAGACAGUGGCUUUUAUUGAGAAGUGCUCUACUCCUGAAGAGACGAGCCUGGAAACCAGAGCAGAGCCUGAGCCCGUCUUCAUCGACGAGGGGAAGAUGGACAGCACGCUGGCUCUGCUGCAGAACGCAGAUCCUGCAGAUUCCACUCCUGACACCCAGGAUCUGAUCCAGCUGGAGGGUGCAUGUGAGCAGAUGAACCCGAUGAUCGAUGAGAAGCUGCAGGAGAUUGACAGGAAACACUCAGAGUUUUCGGAGCUGAAUGUGAAGGUGUUGGAGGCGCUGGAGCUUUACAACAAGCUGAUGAACGAGGCUCCGUUCUACUCGGCCUACUCUAAGAUGCAGACGCAGUAUGCUCCAGCCGGACCAGCUGUUGCUAUGCAGGGCUACAUGGGCCCGGCUGGCGGCCCCUACAUGCCCCCUGCGAUGCCUCAGGGUCCUCCUCUGCAGACCUACUCUCUGCCCAGCGACCAGCCCGGACAACUGCACUCUCUGCCCCCCAACGUCUCCGCCCCCCCCAACUGCCAAGCUGCUCAGCCUCCCUACAUGAGCAGUGGUAUGACCGCUCAGUACAUGAACCAGGUUCCCUACCCGCACCAGGGGGGCGUGGCCAUGGACAUGUCGACCUAUCACAACUCCAGCAUGCCUCCGGGGUCCUACCCUGUGGCCCCCCCCCCCCACCAGGCUCCCCAGCAGCAGCAGCAGCAGCAGCAGCAGGCGUACUAUCAGCAGCCUCUGCUCUAAAACUCCGACACACCGCAGACCUGACCACAACACACAUUUUGGAUAUUUCUGUUUCCAGUGGUGUGUUCGUUUGUCUUGCCUUGUGUGAGUGUGUGAGUGUGUGAGAGUGUGAGUGUGUGUGAUAACUGCUUUAGGGACAUUCCUUUAGACAUUUUUGUGCCUGAUGAGCUAAACACACCAUUCGAGACAGAAAUACCUGAGGUGUGUGUGUGACGCAGGUCUGCUGUUCAUCAGGACACUGUGUGUGUGUGCAUGAGGCUGAACAUGACGUCGGGAGAUUUCUCCUCUCUCUUACAAUGCUCCUUUUUCCUGGCUGACAGUGAACACAUCGCAGGUCAACAUGGAAGAAGAGUUGCCACCAAAACAGGACCAUGUUAUGAGCAUAAUGCUAAGGAAUUAGCAUUGUUCAACACAACGCUACUCCCCAAAAUUGUUAUUUUUGAAUGGACCCCGCUUCGAAGAAUUCACACAACAUGUCCGUUUUGGGUUAGCAAAAAAAGGUCUUCACACUAAUGAAGAUAAAUACGAAAAAAGGUUCUUUAUCUACUUUCCCAAUUAACUCAAUCAUUUGAUAUUUUCUGCUUCUAUACUGUUUUGCAAUUAAAAUGCUUUAGGCAACCAAUAAAACUAAAUACACGCUACAAUAUACAUUAGUAAAAAAGGAGCUCUGUAUGUGAUAAACUAGUGAGUCUUAGCCUUCAUGCUAGCCUUUGAGCUGAACUGAAGCCUAUCUGUCCCGUGAGAUGCUUGUGAGACAGAAACGUGUGCAUUACAGUGAGCAAGACGAGAACAAUGCAUUACUAUCCUAAAAAACACUCUCAAAAUUGAUGUAAGGAUGGCAAAAGGACAGCUGUGUUGUUUGGAGCUGUCCUGCACAAUAUCCUAGUGCUCUCGCUAGUGUGCAUUGGAUCCCAUUUGAUGCCUGAACAUCAUUUUCAAAUGUGUCUGCAUUAAUGUGAACAUGGCCUGAAUGUUCUGUUUCUAAGUCAGAAGGCAGGAGCCCUUCACUCUGAGCAUCUCUGUCCCUUUUCAAAGAUGGAAACACUGGUGAGCUGUUAAUAAAUCUGCAGGAAGGUGCAGCGUUUUGCUUUAGGAUACAUUAGUUAAAAAGACAGGAGCUCCAUAUUUCACUAACGCUGAUCUGUGUUUUGAACAGAAGUACCAACUAUAUGUUCAACUAUCCUACAUUAACAGUUAUAUUUGUGUAAAUGGUUAAAAAAAGACUUCAACUCACGGCCUUGCAAUGAAAUCUGGUUGCAUUUGACAUAUUUAAAAGGACGUUUUUGUGUGUGUGUGUGUGUGUGUGUCCGACAUAUUUGUUUUUUAUGUUUGUAUGUUUCGAUGGCUUAACCAUAAUGGGAUCAUCAGAUUUUAGGGUGAAAUAGUUAAUUGUUUGUGUGUUUAUUAAUGUAAACAACCGCUGCAUAUGUUUAUGAUUCUCUCGUUAAUACCUUCCUGCCUCAUCUUCAUGUGGGGUCUCUUCCAUUCAUCAGAAACACGACUUUAUUUUAUGCAAAUACUCACUUUUUCAUCUAAUUUCUAAAUCGUCAUGGCCUGUCCUUUUGAUUUAUAUAUAUAUAUAUUGAGACCUUAUACAUGUAUACUUUACAUGGCUGGAGAAUGUGUAAUUAUUAUUCUAACUCUUGCUUACUUUGGUUUUCCAGCAAACUGUAAAUGGGACAAUUUUCUAGUUAAUAUAAAAAAAGGUAAUGUUUUGUUUUUGGGGUUAACAUGAAGGAGCCGCUUUCAUUAAAUCGUGUAUAUUGCAGUAGCUCCAAGGUUAUCAUUUCUAGCCAAACUGUCUAUAUUUGCUUGACGCGCCUCGUAGUAAAAGGCAUUGUAUAUUAGUUGUAAAAUACCUGGUUUUUGGACGGUGGCAUUGACAUUGCACCGUAGCUUUGUAAACAUUUAUUUACCACUGAAUGCCUUGUUUUUCUGUAGAAAUCAAAGGAUGACAUGGACACACGUUCGGCGAGUCACUUCAGUCUCAGAUGUAUAAUUCUGUAUAUUUAAAAAGAUUCCAGGAAAAGUUCAGGAUUUUAAAAACUGCUUUUUUAAACGGAGCAAAACGUAUAAUAUUCUUUGAAAUAAAAAGAACUGUACCUGUGUGAA